UUUCAAUUUCAUAUUUAAGAAUUUUACAAUUUUACGGUUACCUUUUUUUUCCUUCUUGGCAGGAAUAUUGUAUCGUUUAUUUUUUUAUGGGUUCUCUAAUUUCACACGAUUUAGUUCGCAUGUGUUUGAAUAUUCAAUAAUUAAUAUAUUAUUACAUGUUAAUUUGAUAUAAAUUUCGAGUAAUCAUGAUACCCGAAUUCUGUGUAUUUUAUGGCGUUUUAACUUUUUCUUGGAUAGAAUUCCUAUGGGAACAGUAUUUAACGCUAAGACAGAGACGUGUAUAUAAAACUACAGACAAAAUUCCUGAAAGAUUAACUGGUGUACUAGAUGUGGAAACAUUUAAUAAGGCAAAAUCUUAUGGUAUUGAUAAAAACAGUUUUAGUAUAGCUGAAGAAUGGAUUAAUAUGAUAAUAUCAACUGGUUUCAUCUGUUUGAAUGGAUUCACAUUAUUAUGGAAUUUUAGCAAAUAUUGUUUGAUUGAGACUCGUUAUAAUGAUAGUGAAAUCAUGACCAGUUGUGUAUUUCUUCUAUGUAUGAAUACCUUGGGUACACUGAUGUCUUUGCCAAUCUCCGCAUACAGCACUUUUAUUAUUGAGGAAAAACAUGGGUUUAACAAACAAAAUUUAAAUUUCUUCAUUAAAGACAAGAUCAAGAACUUUUUAUUGGUUCAAGUGAUUUCAUUACCAAUAACUGCAGCAGCGAUAACUAUUGUUAAAUGGGGUGGACGUUAUUUCUUUAUCUGGUUGUGGGUAUUUGCUGUGGUUACUUCAUUAUUUAUCAUGACAGUAUAUCCAGAAUUUAUUGCUCCAUUAUUUGACAAAUAUACACCAUUACCCGAUGGUGUUUUGAAAACUAAAAUUGAAGAGCUUGCUAAGCAAGUCAAAUUCCCUCUUUACAAAAUAUAUAUUGUAGAAGGUUCAAAACGAUCAGCCCAUAGCAAUGCAUAUUUUUAUGGAUUUUUCAAUAACAAACGUAUUGUGCUAUAUGAUACAUUAUUGAAAGAUAGCAAAGAUAUUAUGAAUAACCAAACUUUAGAAGAAGAAAAUACUAACAUUGAUAAAAUUGAAGAAAAAGGAAAAGGUAUGAAUGAUGAAGAAAUUUUGGCAGUCUUAGGUCAUGAACUUGGUCAUUGGAAGCUAAAUCAUAUAUUAUUUUAUCUAAUAAUAUCUCAGGUAAAUUUAUUUGUAAUGUUAUUUGUUUUUGGAUGGUUGUAUGACAAUUCUAUGUUAUAUCGAGCAUUUGGAUUUUAUGAGUCAGCCCAUCCAGUUAUCAUUGGUCUAGCAAUUAUUUUCCAAUAUGUAUUUUCUCCAUAUAACACUGUUAUAUCAUUUGCUAUGACUACACUUAGCAGACAAUUGGAGUUUCAAGCUGAUGCUUUUGCUAAAAAGCUUGGACAUGCAAAGCCACUUGAAACUGGAUUAAUACGUCUACACAAUGAUAACUUAGGAUUUCCAGUUUAUGAUUCUCUCUUCUCAGCUUGGCAUCAUACUCAUCCUCAACUAUUGGAAAGAUUGGAAGCAAUCUCUAAGACAGACUGAAUAUUUAAUGUUAAAUUAAAAAGUACACACAAUUCCGAUAUAAACUUAAGCAGUGUUUCAUAUAAUAUAAUAUUUUUAAUUUUUACAUUCUUCAAUUAAGUUACGAGGUAUCAUUUGUUGUGUGAGUGUGCGCAAAUCUUCUAGUCGACAUGGCUGUGGACAACCUGGUAAUUCAAUUAACUCAAUGUUUGAUUCUUUCCAUUCAUAGUCUCUGUUGUAUAGUAGCUAGUUUUUUUUUUUUAAGUUAAUAAACAUUUAAUAAUUUAUUACUA